CUUCAGAACAUACGAUGACUACUUUUUUAUUCUAGUUUGUUAACUACAUUCCUUAAAUUUUGCCCCAAAUUUCUCUGGACGUACACUCCUGCCCUCGAAUGCAUUUGUCUCUGGAUUCCAUAAACAUGGCGGACGAUGGCUACCUCUCGUCAGACAACUACCACGACCUGGGUAAAGGAGGUGGAUCAGCCAUGGGCGGGCGCCUGCACAGCAUCGACGUCAUUCUGGGAUUCAGUAAGGAUCAGGACCCCCUGCUCAACCCUGUGGGACCCGCCGAGGGCCAUAAAGAUGACGGAGUCGUACUGGUGGAACAGGGGAAGCAGGUGACCUCUGACCCCUUUGCUCACCUGCCCAGCAUGUCUGAAAACUCUCAUCAGGCUUCCUAUCAUGAUUCAGACCUCUUCUCAAAUGAUAAAUGUCAAGCUGAUGUUGGAGAUCUUCAACAUCGUGGUGUGGAGAGUGACAGCAGAUCUCCCGAACCUCUAGAAGAAGACCAACCCAAGAAGAAACACCGUCGUAACCGGACCACAUUCACCACUUACCAGCUGCAUGAGCUGGAACGAGCUUUUGAGAAAUCCCACUACCCUGAUGUGUACAGUCGAGAAGAGCUGGCCAUGAAAGUCAAUCUUCCAGAAGUGCGAGUGCAGGUCUGGUUCCAGAAUCGACGUGCAAAAUGGCGGCGUCAGGAGAAGAUUGACACCGGCAGCAUGAAGCUCCAUGACUCACCUAUGCUAUCCUUCAACCGACCUCCCAUGCCCUCCAACGUGGGGCCAAUGAGCAACUCCUUGCCCUUAGACUCCUGGUUACCAUCACCCCUUUCCACUGCCACUCCCAUGCACAGCAUCCCAGGAUUCAUGGGUCCAACCCAAAGUCUGCAGCCCACUUACCCGAGCCACCCUGGCUUUCUUAACUCAACUCCAGGUAUAGCGCAGGGAAUGCAGCCCAUGCCUCCAUUACCAUACCAGUGUCAACCAGCAUUCAAUGACAAGUAUCCACUCGAAGACAUGGACCGCAGCUCCAGCAUUGUAGCCCUGAGGAUGAAGGCCAAGGAACACAUUCAGUCCAUGGACAAAACCUGGCAGCCCAUGUGAUUCGAGGAUCGCAUUUUGUAAAGAUGUACACUGUACCGUUUUAUAGGACCUGUUAGAACUGUGUGUAAGCAACAAACAUGGUUGUUAUUAUUCAUGGUAUGCAACAUGGGAUAUCCGAGGACUAUAAAUCCCAGGACUUGGGACUAUUUCAGUGUGAG